CCUCCAUCUGCGAUUGCCAUUGCCAUUCCAUGGACACCUAACUCUCGCACUCACACUCACGGGCCGACGUGGAUGACGAUGAGCUGAAUUGCUAUCCUAACGUCCAGAACCUCAAAUACUUUCCUGGAUUUUUUGUUAUUUUUUUCCUCUAUUUUUCUUCCCUGCUCCUGACCCGAACGCCACCCCACAUCUGCGCCCGCCAUGUCGCCGUCUUCCCUGGGCGACUGGCUCCGCGAAGGCCGCUAUGUCGACGUGCUGCUCAGCGAGCCCGCGGCGGCGCUGAUUGCCGAGUUUGUCGCGGUCCUGCGGGGCCAGCAGCUGGCCGGGGCCGCACCGGCAUCAUCGGAGUCGGAGUCAGGGUCGGGGCCGGGGUCGGGGCCAGCGCUGCUGGCUGGGUGCGAGCGGGACGUUGACGGCGGCAGCAAGAUAACCACUGGAUCCCCGGACGCUGGCACAAGUAGCAGCAGCAGCAGCAGCAGCGAUCGCGUCGCCGUCGGCCUCGCGGCCCUCAACGCCUUCCUGCAGGCCAACGUGACCGGCCCGCCGCUCGACGGGCGCGCCCUGCGCGCGCUGCAGCAGCGCUUCCUCACCUUCUCAGCUGCUGCUGCAGGGCCGGAACCACAACCGCUGACGCGGGUGGAGCUCGGCCGGGCGUGCCGGCGCGCGCUCGAGGUCGAUGGCGUCGAGUGCUACGAGCACGUCCCGCUGGUGGAGGUGUUUUGUCUGGCGCGGCAUCUGCUGCUGCUGCCGCUGCGGAAGGAGGAAGGGGCUGAGGCCGGGGCAGGCGGUGUUGGUGAGGCGGCUGGGGACGGGGACAGAGCCGCUCGGUCCGCGGCCUGGCUUGCGCUGAGGGUCAAUGUGUGGCAUUAUAAGCUGCUGACGCAGCCGAGCUUGGGGCCCGGGUCGGUGUUCAACCGGAGUGCGUCGUGGUGUGAUGUGCCGAGUCUGCAGGCGGCCGUGGAGAAGGGGCUGGAGCAGGUGGAGGGAGAGGUGUGGGCUGGCGAGGGCUGGAGCACGCAGGACCGGGUGCGCUUCCUGGUCGAGAAGGCGAACGUGUGCAUCAUGCUGGGCCAGGACGCCAAGGCGAGGGAGGCGCUGCGGCGCGCAACUGAGCUGAGCGGCUUUGUGUAUGCACUGUCGGGCGCGCUCGGGAAAAGGACGCGGUUCCAGCAGAAGAGCACCAGCCAGCUGGUGGUGCUGGCGAAGAGCGGGCAGGAGGCGCAGACCGAGGACCUCCAAGGCAACCAGGCCAAGCCGCAGGCGCUGGCGCUCAACGACGACACGCUGCUGGAGACUGUGGAAUUCACAAAGGAGGAGGACGGCAGGCGCACGGAAGCGGCAUCGGAGCUCCCGCCGGCGCUGAAUGAUCUCCCGCCCGACGAUCAACCGCAGCUGGCGCCCGAGGACCAGAUCAUACUGCUCGCCGAGGCGACCCUGAAGGACGCCUUCUCGCCCGCCGACUCACUGACCUCGGAGGAGAUCCUGCCCUUUGCGGUCCGCGUCAUCGGAGACAAGUCGACCAACUGGCAGAUCUACACCCACGCACUGCUCGUGCGGUCGCGCAUCGAGGUCCACCGUAGCCGCACGGUCGAGCGGGGCGUGCUGCAGAUGCAGGCCGUCGUCGACCAGGUCAUCGUCGACACCGCGCAGUCGGCAGAGCAGGCACAACAGCCGGAGCAAGACGGGGGUGCGUCAGCGAGCAUCCCGCAAAUUCAGAUCACUCAAGAGGGCGACGAAGGCUACAAGCCAGCCGGCCAGCCGACGUCCUUCUUCCCCGCUCCGAAACCGACCGAGACGGCCCCGGCACAGGCCCGUCUGGAAUACAUCCACGCGCUCAGCUCGCCGCCGCGGUGGCAUCUUGAGACCGAGCUCGCCUACGCGUGGACCAGCGUCGGGUCGCUCGUCUCGGCGCUCGAGAUCUUCAAGCGCCUGCGGCUGUGGGCCGAGGUCGCGCUGUGCUUUGCCAGCGCCGCCGCCAGGGACGACGAGGACGGGCGCGGGAUCAGCGGGGAGGCGAAGGCGAAGGCUGUGCUGCGCUGGCGGCUGUUCCGCAGGACGGGGACGCCUCUCGAGCAGGCGGACGCCUCUGGUGCAGCGGACGAGGAGGUGGACCUGGACCGACUGAAGGAGGCUGAUUUCCGCGGCCCGGAGCGCCACCCGCCGCCUCCGAACGCGCCGCGGCUGUGGUGCAUCUUGGGCGACCUCGAGAACGACCCGGUGCACUACGAGCGGGCGUGGGAGAUCUCAAAGCACCGGUUCGCGCGGGCGCAAAAGUCGCUCGGCGAGUACUACCUGCAGCAGAAGGACCUGUCGCGCGCGCGCGAUGCCUACAAGAAGGCGGUCGCCGUCAACCGGCUGAGCUCGGAGCUGUGGAACCGGCUGGGCGACAUCUGCCUGCGUCUCGGCGACUUCUCUGACGCCGCCGAGGCGUUCGGCCGCGCCAUCGCGUCGUCCGGCAACGCGGUCGGCGGCGAAGACGCCCGCACGUGGAGCAACCUGGGCAGCGCCCUCUACAGCCUCUACGUCGAGCGGGUCAAGGAGCUGAAGCAGCGGAAGGAACAGCCCAAACCCGAAGAAACCUCUACUAGCACUACGCAAAAAGCAGAAGACGAGAACGAUGAUGAGGAUGAAUCUACGAGCCCAGCAACGACACCCGCCGCAGCCGACACCGCGGCAAAGCGGCGCGACGACCCGGCGACGCUCCUCGCGCAGUCGCUGGCGGCCUACAAGCGCGGCGCCGCCAUCGCGCGCGACAACUGGCGCAUCUGGGACAACGUGAUCACGCUGGCCGCGCGCCUGCGCCCGCUGCCCGUGCCGGACCUGCUGCAGGCGCUCCGCGAGCUCGUGCGCAUCCGCCGCAUUGACGCUUCCGAGAGGGCGUGGCGAGCGGCCGUCGGAGGCACUACGGGUGUCGCUGUGUCCGGCGGGGGCGGUGGGGGCGGCGGCGGGGACAGCGGAAACUGGCUGGAGGAUGCGCAGGGCUGGAAGACGGUGGUGGACCGGACGGACGAGCUCGUGUCGCUGCUGGAGAACUACGGCGCCGAGGUGGCCGAGAUCGGGCCCCGGUGGAAGGGCAAGGCGCGCAGCGCCGUGCGCAGCGUCAUGGGCAAGGCCAAGGAGAGCUGGGAGGGCUCCGCCGAGUGGGAGCGGCUGGUGGCUUUGUUGGAGGGGUUGACGUGAUGUCUAGUUCUCGGUGUCUCCCUUUUGGUUUGUGUUGCGUUGGGUGGACAUCUUAGUACGUGAUGUACCUACUACGUUUCACUCGCCUGGCCUCGUGUUGUACAUAACUGCACUCAAUAUACGCAGAGAAGGCAAGCUGCCGGGGAUAGCAGCCAUGCCGGGGUCAAGAUGGAAAUCCGUGGCUCGUCUGAGCUGGCUCCAAGAUUAAAUGUGUGCGUCACGACAGCGAGAGAGCAGCAUUGCAGCACGACUGCAGGCCGCGACGGUGGGGGAUCCCUGUCACCCGCUGCCCCGCUGGUGGUUUCGCCGGGCCUUAGACCUUCCCGAUUUGCCCGU